UGUGUGUGUGUGUGUGUGCGUGCGCCCACAGCUCGGUUUGGGAUUUGCUGUGCUGCGACGUGCCUCCCUUCACCGGCUUCUUAUAGUGCGGUGGAGGGAGGAAUUCUGACCGAGUGGUACGGACAUCGCCGACAGAGACCACGAAACACGCAGCAUUGCCUUGAAACGUGGUCGCAUGACUGGAAAGAGUUCCUCCAUAAGGGAGCGACCUGAAGAAGUGACAGCAGUGAGCAGCAACGCACAGCAGCUGCACAGAGUAGACACUUGCACGCUAGAGAGUAGAUACGCGCACACCUUUGGUUUGCAGAAGCAUUCAAAGUGGGAUUCUAAAGUCAACGUGAGUGAUCCCAAUCAACCCGAAUUCAAAACUCUUCUCGCAACCCUCUCGGACCCUUUACCCCGACGUGUGGCCAUGGGUCCCCUCUCGACGGCCUCUCUCUUCCUGUGCCUGUGUCUGGCGGGGCGAGCCCAGAGCCACGGUGGCAGCCUCCAGGACAACAUGAGGGAGUUGCACAACCGCUUCGCCGUCAGCCUCUACCAAACGCUCACCGAGACAGAGAACAACUCCAACCUGAUCGUGUCGCCGGUGAGCGUCUCACUGUCCUUGGGGCUGCUGCAGCUCGGAGCCCGGGGGAGUACGCUGGCUCAGCUGGAAGAGGCCCUCGGAUACAACAUGAAUGACGUGCAGGUGCAGCCCUUCCUGGUGCAUCUGCAGGGCAGCGUGGGUAACUCCAGCCAGGGCAUGUGGCUCCAGCAGGCCACGGCCCUGUUCAUCCAGAGUGGCGUCCAGCUGCUGUCAGAGUUCAAGCACCACGCCGAGGCCUGGGCCAACACCCGCCUGGUCCGUUCCAGCUUCAGCCAGCCCAACCAAACCCACAGCCCGCUGGGGUCGCCAAUCCCGGGGCGACUGGGACACCAACGCAGCACUGAUGAGACGUGGCCCAUCCAGUCUGGCGGCAGCAGCGGGGAGCUGUCGGGCUCUGGCGAAGCCCAGGGAGAGGCCCCGUGGUGGGGCCAGCGGCUACAGAUGGCCCUGGUCAACACGGUGGCCUUCCGGGGGAUCUGGCAGAAGCAGUUCCUCUUCACCAACACUCAGAACCUGCCCUUCACCCUCACGGACGGGAGCGCGGUCAAGGUGCCCAUGAUGUACCAGGCGACCGAGGUCAACUUUGGCCAGUUCCGCAGCGCGUCGGAGCAGCGGUACACGGUGGUGGAGCUGCCCUACCUGGGCAGGAGCCUCAGCCUGCUGCUGGCCCUGCCCAGCGACCGGAAGACUCCCCUGUCCUCGCUGGAGGCCCAGCUCAGCCCCCGCCAGGUGGCGUCCUGGGACACGGGCCUGCGGAGGACCAAGAUGGACGUCUUUUUACCCAAGUUCAAAAUGCAAAACAAAUUCAACCUGAGGUCAGUGCUUCCCUCCGUCGGUAUCAUCGACGCCUUCAGCCCGACGGCAGCAGACUUCACUGGCAUAUCAGUGGAGGAGGGUCUCUAUGUCUCUGAAGCGUUUCACGAAGCGAGCAUAGAGGUCACAGAAGACGGCACGAAGGCAGCGGCUGCUACGGCGAUGGUGCUCCUGAAGCGAUCCCGUGCACCGGUCUUCAAGGCUGACCGGCCCUUUGUAUUUAUUCUUCGACAAGUAAACACAGGGUCCAUCUUGUUUAUGGGACGAGUGACGAAUCCAGCGGAGCAAGCACCGUGAGGAACAACCAGGACUCAUGCACCCCCCCCCCCCCCAACAUCUCAUGAGUGCAG